AUUCACUAUAUGUUCUCCCUUCUUGGGGCUGUGUGUAAUGUUAUAAUGACAGUAGUCUGAAAGAGAGAACAAGCGAGAGAGUGAGAGAGAGAAGGGAGGGAAGGAGUCAGACGGUACAAGGCACAGUGAGCGAGAGCCACAGUACACAGAGCAGCAUAUAAGAUGAUGACGAGAGACACACAUUGAAGGUGAACGGAAGAAUAAAACACAAGGGAUUGUGAACAAACAGAAAAGAAGCACAUGUCGAGGGAACUGGAGUCACACCGAGGCAGCUGAGUCCGGCUCACAAUGGAAAGGAUCCAUUGCGGAUUGCAGGCAGAAUAUGUGUGAAUGGAAGAGACUGUAGAUCUGUAGAUAGCAGAGACAGAAGUGCAGGGAAUGGUUGGGCUGAAUGGGCUCUGUUGGCAUCGCUGCUACUGUCCUACUCUGUUGCUGCUACUCUUCCUCCUGCCCUCUGAACCUGUUCAACACCUACAGAUAUGAGCUCCAAACACUCAUCUGACUGGAUCCCUUACAGCACCUUGGAUGAUGAGGGCACGAACCUACGACAACAGAAGCUUGACAGACAGCGAGCUUUAUUGGAACAGAAGCAGAAAAAGAAACGUCAAGAGCCCCUGAUGGUGCAGUCUAAUCUGGACGGGCGCUCUCGAGUGCGCAGGACCCGGCAGUCGGAAGAACAGGCUCCCCUUGUGGAGAGCUACCUCAGCGGCAACAGCAGCACCAUCUAUCACGUACAAGAAGCCGAACAGGAAGAAGUUAAAGCCAUAGCAGAGGUUCAGGCCCCUCGCUCGGUUAAAAAAACCAAACCGCCUACCUCCACUCCUCAGACUGGCAGUGCCAAGAAGGAGAAAAAGGGCAAGCACAAAGGAAUUGAUGGGCCCGCUGCCUUCCAGGAUGAGGGUCAGGAGCUGGGCAACCAGAUUCAGAUCCUGACAGUGGGCCACUCACCUGCCCUGGAGAGUGAGGCAGAGGGCCAGGGUGAGGCAGUGGGCAACACACAGUCACAGGGCAAACAGGACCUACGGGUCACCAUGCUGAAGAAAGGAAUCUCCAGUAGCAUGAACUUUGAUGAAGAAGAGGAUGAAGAUGAUUUGGUCAGCUCAAGUUCAUCUCAGCUCAACAGCAACACAAGACCUGGAUCUGCCACCAGCAAAAAGUCCAGCAAGGAGGCAACCUCAGCUUCCAGCCCAUUGGCCAAUGAACCAUCCAUCGACGUAGAUGACCUGGAGGAGUUCACUCUCAGACCUGCACCUCAAGGAGUGGCUGUGAAAUGCAGGAUCACACGGGAUAAGAAGGGCAUGGACAGGGGGAUGUACCCCACCUACUACCUCCAUCUGGAGAAAGAGGAUGGCAAGAAGGUUUUCCUUUUAGCUGGGAGGAAGAGAAAGAAGAGCAAAACAUCCAAUUACCUCAUCUCCAUCGACCCUACUGACCUAUCACGGGGCGGCGAGAGCUUUAUUGGCAAACUGAGAUCAAACCUUAUGGGUACCAAGUUUACGGUAUAUGACAGCGGUGUAAACCCAGUCAAGACCACCUCCAGCCUAGAAGCAGGGAAUCUACGACAGGAGCUUGCCGCAAUCUGCUACGAAACUAAUGUUUUAGGGUUCAAGGGGCCUCGGAAGAUGAGCGUCAUUGUUCCCGGAAUGAACAUGGACCAUGAAAGAGUCUCCAUCAGGCCUCGAAAUGACCAUGAGUCUCUACUGGCUCGAUGGCAGAACAAAAGCACUGAGAGUGUGAUAGAGCUUCACAACAAGACGCCGGUCUGGAACGAUGAUACACAAUCAUAUGUGCUCAACUUCCAUGGCAGGGUCACCCAAGCAUCUGUCAAAAAUUUUCAGAUCAUUCAUGACAAUGACCCGGAUUACAUUGUGAUGCAGUUUGGUCGUGUAGCAGAGGACGUCUUUACAAUGGACUACAACUACCCCAUGUGUGCCCUGCAGGCAUUUGCUAUUGCUCUGUCCAGUUUUGAUAGCAAGCUAGCCUGUGAGUAGCCAUCUCUCACUGCCAGCCACAAGAACGAAAGGACCUAUCCAGACUGCUUUACAGUCCCAAUCCCUGGGUAAAGGGCUGUGGUGAACUCCAAAGCAGCUGGGUCCCUCUCUCAAGAUCCUCCAUUGGAGGCAUGAAUGCGUAUCGAGUUUGUUUCUUUGUGCGAAUAUGCGUGAGCAAGGUGGCAUUUCUACUUUUU